UCCAGCUCUCCUCUCCGUCACUUUCGAGCUCUUUUCAGACCUACGAGGAGCAUAAUGGCGAAAAUGAGGGUGUCAUACGAGUACUCGGAGGCGGAGGAUAAGAGUAUCCGACUAGGACUGUUCCUCAUCGUCUGUGGCAUCCUGUCCCUCUUUAUCCUCGGGUUCUGCUGGCUCAGUCCAACUCUACAGAGCAUGCAGAGCAAACCGGCCAACUGCACGGUGGUGUCCGUGCUCAGACCGGAGGAGAUGUUCGAGUGCGUGUUCACGUGCGGGUCGGACUGCAAGGGGACCUCGCUGUAUCCGUGUCUGCAGAUAUUCGUCAAUAAUUCCCAGUCGAACUCCGUGGCUCUGCUGCACUUUGAUGAACAGCAACUGGUGCUGAACCCAAAGGUAAAUGACUAAAACUCUAGAAGGAGAACUCUGGGAAGGAGCACUCUAGACUUUAUAGUCGCCACAGCGUUGCAGUUACUGAAUGCGGAGCUGUGAACGAUCGAUACAGUAGCUAGGCAAAGUGUCUGGCUGGAAAAGUUCCCAGUCUCAGUUUGUUGACAUGAGGUAGAUGGAUAUUAUGUUAAUGGUUGCCUGUUUUUUAAACUAUGUUAAUGUAAACAAACGUUUUGUAUUCUAAAGACCAAAUAACAUUAUUGCUAUUUUCUAUUCCAAAGACAUGGCAAAAA